CCGGAGAAGCAGACCCGCUGGUGGGCUAAAGGGACCCCCGGCAGACGCUCGAGUCUAGCGCGCCGCACUGACCCCUGCCUGCCCGGGAAACUAACAAAGGCGGCGCGCGAGCCUGGCCGCGAGAGCAGCGAGCGGCGGCCGCGGGGCGGGCGAGCCUGGGCCGGGCCGGUCCAGCGCCGGGCGGGGGCCACUCCGGAGUCGGGAGGCGGCGGCGCGGGACGACGCGGAUCUCAGGCGGCGCGCGCCGCUCGGACGCCGCGGGCACCAUGGGCUGCUGCUCCGGGCGCUGCUCACUCAUCUGCCUCUGCGCGCUGCAGCUGCUCUCAGCACUAGAGAGGCAGAUCUUUGACUUCCUUGGCUUCCAGUGGGCGCCCAUUCUUGGAAAUUUUCUACAUAUAAUCGUCGUCAUCCUGGGCUUGUUUGGAACCAUUCAGUACAGACCUCGAUAUAUUGUGGUGUAUACAGUAUGGACUGCCCUUUGGGUCACCUGGAAUGUGUUCAUUAUCUGCUUCUAUUUGGAAGUAGGUGGACUCUCUAAGGAUACUGACCUAAUGACAUUCAACAUCUCUGUACACCGGUCCUGGUGGCGGGAACACGGGCCUGGCUGCGUCCGAAGGGUGCUGCCCCCGUCGGCCCCCGGCGUGAUGGACGAUUACACCUACGUCUCCGUCACAGGCUGCAUGGUGGACUUCCAAUACCUGGAGGUCAUCCACAGCGCCGUCCAAAUACUGCUCUCGUUGGUUGGUUUUGUGUAUGCCUGUUAUGUCAUCAGUAUCUUCAUGGAAGAAGAGGACACGUGUCGAAAUAAAUAAUGGCACGGACUCUGAAAUGCGGCCACUGCACUUGACUUAGGAAGCAAAGCACCGUCAACGGCACUUCCCUACAUCCACAUGUCUCACUUCCUUCCAGAGGAUGGACCGCGCCUCCCCGCUUUCCCACGCAUCACGGAGUUCUCAGGUCACAGCCUCUGUACUAUUAGCAUUGUUUGCUAGAUGAGUUAUAGGUGCUUGGGUGGGUAUAUUUUUAGUCACUUCCUUCUUAUAUGAAUACUCGCAAAUUGUUUUUAAUUUUUUAAACAAUAUUCAAUGUGAGGCAUGCAAAAUGAAAACCAUUCUGUGAAAAGCUUCCCCGGUCAAUUCGAAGAGAAAUGCAGGUUUGUGUUGUUGAGGUGUUAAGUCCCCUUCGAUGACUGAUGCCUGCGGUUAUCCUAGGCCUGAUGGAGUUUGCACAGUGGACAGUACCCGGGUUCCUUGGCAGGAAGUUAGAUGCAGUGACAACUGAUAAAUGGGUACAGCUAGUGUGUCAGGCUUUCAGACUGAGUCUGGAUCAUGUUUUCAACAUCACAAGACAAAACAGGGAGUCCUCUUUCAUUCUCGACUUUCCCAAACCCAGAAUAAUAUCACGGCAAUCUCAAAGUUCAGAUUCUGACAUGACAUCUUGUUCCUCUUGUGUUCUGAAAAAUACGUAUCAUUGGCGUGUAAAAGGGUGAAAUGACCAGUAGGACAUCUUUCCCAUUUGGAGGGAAUCUGGGUAUCUCUGAGGUUCAGAUUUUCUACCCUUUAUGACAGUUCUGGCACAGGCAGCAGACCUAAAUAUACAGCCUGUAGGCUAACGGGGCAGAAAUCACAAAAAUCUGCAGUCAGGAAGGUUGCUCUUAAAAUAUUCUGAAGAAGGUAUUAAAAGGGCAUGGAAU